CGCUGUUUCAGCAACAGAGCAGAAUGUGGUGUAGUGAAGUGAUCUAGGGAGGCAGAGGUGGAGGGGGACAUAGGAAACUACAACAAGAGGCUUUGCUCCAUGGACUAGACAUGAGAAGAAACUUUCCCCGGACUCGUGCUCUCCAUGGACUGGACGAAGGAGCAGUGACAAGACAACACUCUGCUGCUCCCUAUUGUUUGGACGUUCCCAAAAUAUGGCCAAGGUUCAGGUGAACAAUGUAGUGGUCCUGGAUAACCCUUCUCCCUUCUACAACCCCUUCCAGUUUGAGAUCACCUUUGAGUGCAUAGAGGACCUGUCUGAAGACCUGGAAUGGAAAAUAAUUUAUGUGGGUUCUGCUGAGAGUGAAGAAUACGAUCAGGUGUUGGACUCUGUGUUGGUAGGACCCGUACCUGCAGGACGGCACAUGUUUGUAUUUCAGGCAGAUGCUCCCAAUGCUGGACUUAUUCCUGAUGCAGAUGCUGUUGGUGUCACAGUAGUUUUAAUUACAUGUACAUACAGAAGUCAGGAGUUCAUCAGAGUGGGUUAUUAUGUUAAUAAUGAAUACACUGAAACAGAACUGCGGGAAAACCCACCAGUGAAACCAGACUUUUCCAAGUUGCAAAGAAACAUACUGGCAUCAAACCCUAGAGUAACAAGAUUCCAUAUAAACUGGGAAGAUAACACAGAGAAGUUAGAUGAGCUAGACAACAGCAACCCCAAUCUCCAGUCAAUGCUUUCCACAGAGGGCAUGCCAUCUGCUUCAAAGGGCUGGCCUGCCUCGGAGAACUCACUCAACGUCAUGCUAAAAUCUCACAUGGACUGUAUGUGACUACAUGUUUGGCUCUGUAAAAAGGACUACUUCACCAGAAUUCACCAUUUCCAGAUCAGCACAUUACUGGGCAAUGUUUGAAAACAAAAACAAACUUUCAACAAUAACAUUUCUAGGUGGAAAAUUUAUUUGAACUUAUAACUAUUUUUAACAAAAGUUGCCAUUAAAUAUAUUAUUUUUCAUCUGCAUAACAAUUGGCAGAUAGAGCCUAAAAUGCAA